AUGUCUACUAAAACUUGUGCAGGCUGCUUUAAUGCUUUAAAAAUUAAGGAUAGUUUGAAGUGUUCAAAAUGCCACAAAAAUUACGAUACACUAUGUGCUAAUAUUAAUGACGGUCAUUCGAGAGCUUUGAGUACUGAGCAGAAAAAUGCUUGGAAAUGUCCAGAUUGCAUGAAUAAAAUACCUAAAGGUAACAAUACUAAUACUCCUUUACGUCCGCCUCAAUCGGACAUUACACUCUCUCACAAUACGAGCUCUCCGUCUUGCACCAACGUAACACUGCGUAACAAACGCUGUACUAAUAGUACUCAAGCUUUAUCGAGUGACGAAAAUAUUUUUGAGAUAUCUAGAGCCGACUUAAAGGAAUUAAUCAGACAUGAAAUAAAAAAUGCUGUUCAUGAAGCCUUAGCUGAUCAACUUAAAGGAAUGAAUGAUUUAUUAUCUAGCUUUCAG